UUCUCGUCGCUACCCAACUAUGCGGGCGGCACUGACGGCGCCGCGCACUCACCGCAAGAGUUGAUGAGUCCCCGCCGCGUGCCCAAGCCCGCCCGCCCCGCCAUGCUCUCGGGCAUGGGCAUGGGGGGGGCGCCGACGGGCAGCUAUCAGGCGUCGUCGCGCGGCGAGGCGGAGGUGCUGCGCGGCGUGCUGGCGCUGCUGGAGGCGGUGCGGGACGACGACGUGGCGCGCGUCAACCGCAUCCUGCAGGACGCGCCCUCGCGCACCGCGCUGCUGCACUGCGCGCACCCUGGCACGGGGCGGGCGGCGCUGCACGAGGCGGUGGUGGCGGGCAGCGUGGACGCCGCUGCUGCGCUGCUCGAGUGGGGGGCCGACCCCGAUGGGGGGCACGCGUCGCAGAUGCCGCCCAUACUGCUGGCGGUGCAGGCGGGCAGUGAGAAGGCGGUGACGCUGCUGCUGUCACACGGCGCCGACAUCAACGCUCACGACGCGCAGCUCUGCACCGCGCUGCACUACGCCUGCGCUGACGCCCACCGGGGCAUGAUAAAGCUGCUGCUGGUGGCGGGCGCCAACAUGUAUGCGCGCAACAGCGACGGGCUGCUGCCGCAGCAGCUGGCGUCCACGGACCGCAUCCGAGCGCUCUUCUCCAAGCUGCACGACUACCACCACCGCCACGGCCUCCUGCCUCCCCAUGCUCACCUCGCCUCCUCCGCCACGCCCGCUGCUGCCAUGGCCGCGUCCCCCCCCGCCAGCCCUGGCGGCAUGGACCGGCGCAGCCCGCAUGAGGGGGGGCUGCUGGGGGACGACUCGUGGGACGACCAAGGCGUAAACGGUGUGGCGUCGCACCGAGUGGCGUCCCCCCGCGCCGGCAUGGCGCGCAUGAGGGCCGCCGCCUCCGCUGCUGUCGAGGCCGCCACUGGGGGCGGCGCGGGCAGCAUGCGCGGACGCUUGGCGGGCGACCGGUGGGGGGGGCGCGGGGAUGAGUGGGGCAGCGGGGGGGGCAGUGAGAAGGAGGCACGGCGGGGGGGACGAGGGGAGGAGGGGUAUGAGAGUCCUGCGGAGAUGGUGGAGAGCAACGAGCAGAUCUUCCAGCAGGCGUGGGAGAACGACCGCCACGACGACUCGCCCGCUCUCCCCUGGCCCUCGCCCUCGCCCUCCGCCUCCUCGCCUGCCGCCCCCUCCGCCACCACCCCGCCCAGCAGUAGCAGCAGCACGGGUGGGAGGGGCGGAGGCGCGGAAGGGGAGGAAGCAGCGCCGACGGCAGCGGUGGCGCGGCGGCAGGUGCAGAUGCACGUGAGGGACGCGGCACGCACGCUGUCGGUGGAGUCGGGGGGCGCGCACUACCAGCGCCGCAUCGUGGCAGCAGCAGCAGCAGGGGACGCCAGCAGCAUGUCGGACGCCGAGGGUGGCUCUGGCCCCCGCACCCGCCACGCCCCCGCUGCCGCCUCCCUCAGCGCCGGCGCCCGCGGCGAGGUGUCCCGCCUCGCCCGCCCCCGCAACUUUGCAGACUUCCGCGCGGAGCGACUUGUGGGUGGCGGGGCGGGGGGCGCCGGGGGAGGGGGACCCAGCACCCCCAGGGGCGGGGCAGGGACGCCAAGAGGAGGGGAGGGGGGCGGGAGGGCAGGAGGGGGGGGAGGAGCCGGGGGGGCAUCCACGCCCAGGAGGGUGGGCGCUGAGCGAGUGGGGUCGGAUGAUGACGUGGAGGAGAGGGCGGCAGGGGGAGGGGGAGGGGGAGGGGGGGGGGGAGGGCAGCGAGAGAAGGGGAUGGGAGGGCGUGUGGGGCCGGGGGGCAGUGGCGUGGAGAGGCGGGGGGCAUCCACCCCGCGCGCCGUGCGCGACAACCCCUAUGCCUCCUGGAACGGCGGCGCCCUGCCAGACAGAGGCUCCCUGGCGGACAGGAGUGGGGGGAGCGCGGGCAGUGCGGGGGACAGGCAGCCACACAGGUCAGUCAGCUCAGAAGAACGGCAGGGGGAGGGGAUGGGGAGCGGGGGGAAGGGGGGAGGGGGGAAAGGGGCAGCGCAUUUGAGGCAGGUGAGGGACAGUGGCAGUGCGGACAGUGACAGCGAGGUGGUAAGCCGGCGGUCUCGCGCCAUCAAGGCUGCAGCCGGGGGCGGCCCCUCCACGCCCUCACGCUCCCCUCCCCCCUCCGACUUCUCCCGCCGCUUCUCCUCUCUGCGCGUGGCUGAUGGCGCCGGGCAGCGCGCCGGCAGCCCCGGCAGCAGUGCGGGCGGCGAGGAGGACGCGGGCAGGCGCGGGGGCGCAGGCAGUGCAGGCAGUGCGAGGCCGAGGAGUCCGCUGAGGGGCGCGCAGGCAGCGCCGUGCGACGACGACAGCAGCCCGCGCACGCCCACCGGUGGAUCGGCUCCCCCAUCGGGUGCAACGGCUGGGGGAGGUGGCGGCAGCAGCAGUGGCGGCGGCGUUGGCGGGGGGCGCAUGACUCCGCGGGGGGGCCGCGAGCGCAGGUCCGUGAAGUUCGCCGUGCCCGAGGGGGGCGACCGCGACCGGGGCAGGCCCGGGAGCAGUGGCUUGGACGAGGGAGGUGCGAGCGAGGGCAGGGGGAAAGGCAAGGACGCGAGCGAGAGGGCAGAGAGAAAGGAGCGCAGCGAUCGCAAGUGCCAGUCGUUUGUGCCGCCGUCGUCAGCUGGUGCAGGCAGGAAGAUGGGUGCGGCAUCGGUGUCCGAGGAGGACCUGAAGCUCAUCCGCACCGACUGGCGCGACGACGCUGCCAGGAACGGGUGUGUUGCGUGCGGGCAGGUGCAGUGCGAGUGCAAGACCCGGCCCGAGAACAGAGGUGCUGCGGCGAAGACAGGCACGGGGGAUGAUGUGAAGGCGGGAGGGAGCAAGGAGGGCAAGGAGAAAGGCGGGGGGAAGGAGCAGGAGAAGCAGGAGAAGGCGGGGCAGAAAGAGGCAGGGGGGCAGGGUGGGGAGGAGGAGGAAGACGAGGCGGUGCCGGAGGAGCUGCUGCAGGACGACCCCGAGGUGUCCCCGCUGGGCACCAUGAAGUGGAAGCGCGGCGAACUGCUGGGUGAAGGGGCGUACGGCAAGGUGUUUCUGGGGCUGAACGAGCGCACGGGCGAGCUGAUGGCGGUGAAGCAGAUGAAGAUCAACGCGGGCGACGAGCGCGCCAUGCACAUCGCAGCCUUGGAGCGCGAGAUCGUGCUGUACCGGCGCAUGCGGCACCGCCACAUAGUGGGGUACAUCGACAUGGAGAAGGACCCCUCCGACGGCUCCAUCUACAUCUUCCUCGAAUUCGUCUCCGGUGGCUCCAUCCACAGCAUGUUGGAGAAGUUUGGCAAGUUCAGCGAGUCGCUGGUGCGCGUGUACACUCGGCAGCUGCUGCUGGGGUUAGAGUAUCUGCACCGCUGCAAGAUCAUUCACCGCGACAUCAAGGGCGGCAACGUGCUCGUGGACCGUGAUGGGGUCAUCAAGCUCGCUGACUUUGGGGCCUCCAAGGCGUUUCAGGAGGGGACGGUGGGAGAGGGGUGCAAGUCGAUCCGCGGGUCGGUGUUCUGGAUGGCGCCCGAGGUGAUCACGGGCGCGGGGUACGGCCGCAAGGCCGACAUCUGGAGCCUCGGCUGCACCGUCAUUGAGAUGCUCACCGGCAGCCACCCAUGGCCGGGCAUGGACAACACGUGGUCGGCCAUAUUCCACAUCGCCAAGACCACCACGGGCCCGCCCACCCCUGAGGAGAGCAGCGACGAGGGCCGUGACUUCCUCGCCGCCUGCUUCCAGCUCGACCCCGCCCUCCGCCCCUCCGCCGCCCAGCUGCUGCAGCAUCCCUUUGUGCAGGUGCCCGACACGCCCCGGGAUGCACGCAUGGCCGGCUUCGGAUGA